CGGCUGCGGCGGCAACGGCGGCUCGUGGAGGCGCAGGAGCGAGAGCCAAGGCCCCCGGCCAGUCGAGCACGAGAGGCCGAGCGAACCAAACGCCGCUGUCGUCGUUGUAGUCGUUCCGAUCGUCUACCACGCUAUCUGCACAGUUACAAGACACGCAUCAGUCGCGCUCCUACCUGCGCGCCGACAACUGCUCUCACUCCAGAGCUGCGCUGUACCCAUCUCAAUAAUAACUGUACAUCCUCAUCAUCGCCGAGUGUGACGCGAGUGUGUUUUUUUUUGCAGAACAUAGUCGAAUUUCGAGAUAAUCGUAGGAACGACUGAGAGAUUUUUUUUUGUUAUUCCGAGCAAGAGCUAUUGGAAAUAAAAAAAAAAAAAGUGCUACCGAUCUGUUGUUGAGUGGAUGCCGUUGCGGCAGCAUGCGGUGAUAAGAGCCGCGGCGAGUCCAGCUAGAAGAAGAGCGCCCGCACGUCUCUCCGUCGGAGGAGAUCUGCUGCUCCUUUCUCGCGAGUAGUAGCGCUAGCAGAGCAGCCUCAGGAUGCCCAAGAUAUUCCUCAUCAAGAAUCGGCUGCACCAGCAGCAGCUGCGUCUCCUCGAGGCGCAGCACCUCGGCAAGAGCCCACCUUCCUCCGGCGGCGGCAAGGAGAGCCCACUCGGAGGUGCCGAGCCACUCAGCCUCAUCGUCAACAAGCACCAGUAUCGUGAAAAAUCCGACGAUGAGCGCGCCACGACUCCGGAAUCGCUGCGCAGCGGUUCGUCGCCGGCGUGUUCGCCGCCGCCAAGCCUGGUCCUGCCGCCCGGUACCUCGUCGUCUCCGGGACUUUGUCGACCAGAGCCUCAGCCAACGGCGCAGGCGACACCGGCUCGUCGCUUCAUCUCGAGUAUCCUCGGCGGCGACGUCCCCUACGGCAGUCGCGGCCACGUCCUCAGCCGCAAAACGGCGGCAGCCGAACUCAUUGGCAAACCCGAGAGGAUCGAGCUGCCGAGGCCGGUGAGUCCCGGCACCAGGACGCCCAGACUCGAGGCACCUACGAGGGUCUCAGUGAUUCAGAGGGUGCCGCCGAAGGUGCAGAGCACCAGGAGGGAGGAUACCAAGAUCGAGAUUCCACGUACACAGGAGCCGGAGCAGGAGCAGCCGAUCGACUACGCGGUGCCCAAGCGAAAGGAGUCCGAGCCCGAGGAAUCCGGCCGCGAGGCGGCCAAGGCACAGCGCUCGGCGAUCGGCAACUCGAUAGCCCGACCUCUCCUGGCGAUGCGCCUCUCCGGACCCCAAGCAGCGGCCAUCCACUCGGCAGCCAGUGGUCACGGACGCUCCAGCGCGGCUAGCGGAGGUGGACAGUCCUCCGGUGGAUCCUCGGGACAGUCGGGGAACGGAGGAGCCGGUUCCGGUGGCGGAGCUUCCGGCGGAGGAUCCGCGGGUGGAUUCGCUAGCGGUGGUGGUGCCGGUGGCGCAGCCGGUGGUGCGAGCGGCGGUGGUGCCGGUGGUGGCGGAAUGAACCCCGGUGGCAACGGAGGCCGCGGCAACUACGGGCCCAGCUCGCCGCCGACCGGGUCCCUGCCGCCGUUCUACGAGAGCCUCAAGGGGGGCAACAACCUCGCCAACUUCGCCAAUCAGUACAAUGGCAAUGGCUAUCUGACAGCUUCGCAAGCUGUCGGCAUGGAGUGCGACACCGGCCAGCAGGACAGCUCCCUCAACAGCCAGCACCAGUACGCCGCCCAGGAAGGCAAACAGUAUUCCCUGCUCCAGAACGUCUGCGCCUCCUACGGCCUCGCACUCAAGGAAGAGGAAGACCUCACGGCUUACAAAAUGCAGCCGAACGACCUGCUCAGCGGCCAGUACGGCGCGUACGACGUCACCGACUCUGGCAUGAUGCUCGACGUGGUCUCGGGCGCCGUCGUCGACCCGCUUCAGUUCUCGGCCACGCUGACCUUCAGCUCAGACCACACGGCUUUGCUGGAGAGCUUGAGCGACGCCGCGGACCUGUUCCUGCCGAGGCUGCCAGCCGAGGAAGGCAACGGUGAACUUCUCGACGAGACCCUGCACUCCCCCGCGUCCGCUGGUAGCACCGGCAUGGGUGGACAGGACGGACAGAUGAACACGCCCGUCGAGCCCAGUGUCGACCCUUUCCCUGAGCACAGCAUUUCCCUCACGCGUGGAUUCGAUGCUUCGAGACACUACGGAGCACCACAGCACUUCACCUCGUCGAAACUGUCGAGCCUCUACUCGAACGGCGAGUCGAAUUACCAGACUCUUUCCAAAGAACGAUCCGAGCUGGGCCUGCACUUGAACCAGAGCCCGAACGAGCCCCAGCUUCAGCAGCUCCAGAUCCAGGUCCAACUGCAGCAGCAACAGCAGCAGGCCAUGUCUCCGCAUCAGCAGCAUCAUCAUCAAGGUUUGCUGAGUCCCGGUCUCAGCUUUACUGGCAGUGGUUUAGAACUCGAUUCAGCAAGCAGUGCUGGUGGAAGCUUGCCGAGCCCCGGAGCCGGAAGCUGCUCGCUCGACGCGACCUCGACGAGCACCUCUCCACCUUGCAACCUCAUGGAUCACGCACCCAGUCCAGCCGGAGUCGCCUCGAGCACGUCUUCGACCACCGGGGAGCCGCCGCUCACGCAAAGGUUGGGACUUCCCGGUGACUGCCAACUGGAGUUUGUCAAUGGAGGACACGGAAUCAAGAAUCCAUUGGCAAUCGAAGGCCAGAGGCAAGCGGCGACCACCCGUGACGAAGAUCGCACCGCGAGACCGCCACCUGGCAAGGAUGACGAUCCGAACAGGUUCACCUGCCGAGUAUGCAGCAAAAACUUCAGUCUCCAGAGAUUGCUGAACCGACACAUGAAGUGCCACAGCGACGUCAAGCGAUACCUCUGCACGUUCUGCGGCAAGGGCUUCAACGAUACGUUCGACCUCAAGAGGCACACGCGAACGCACACGGGCGUGCGUCCCUACAAGUGUAAUUUGUGCGAAAAAAGUUUCACGCAGCGAUGCUCCCUCGAGAGCCACUGCCUCAAGGUGCACGGUGUCCAACAUCAGUACGCCUACAAGGAACGUCGUACUAAGGUUUAUGUUUGCGAAGAGUGCGGCCACACGACACAGGAACCGGAAGUACACUAUCUCCACCUCAAGGACAAGCACCCGUACAGUCCGGCUCUGCUCAAGUUUUACGACAAACGGCACUUCAAAUUCACUAACAGCAACUUCGCCAACAUGCUGCUGCAGGUGCGCACGUAGAAAAAACAAACCAAGAAGUACUUGCGUUACUCAUAUAGAUGCGAAUAAAGAUACUUGUUAGAGCGACGCGCUGGCCGACUUUGCUUAUCGCUGCUCUUCUUUUCAUUUUUACAUUCCUAAUAACAGAGAACCAACGAAGACAAAGGGAAGCUUCCUUCGAGAGAUCUGAGCGAAAAUUUUAAGAAUGCAAAAAAGUCUAAAACACGCCAACGAUAAGCAAAGCUCGCGCAACAACGUCUCGUAGAGCAUAGUUUUUUUUAUUGAUUCCGCAAAAGAGUUAGAAAAAAUAAGGCGCAUUAUAAGCGCAAGCAAACAAGCCACAAGCAGAAAGAGAACAAACACGUCAACUGUUCUUGCUCGUGUCAAUCUUCAGGGUGGGCUGCUGCAGCGGGACUCGCGAAACGCCGACUCCUGCGUCAAGUCUGCCUCGAAGGCGCUCGAGUCCAGUCAGCUGCGCCGGGCCUCAAACCUCUUGCACAUGGGUCGGGCAACCACUUUCUGAUGCCGAGGAAGAAGACGACGAGGACGACGAUGACAACGUCGGCAUUCAAGGAGAGAGAGAGAGAGGGAGAGAGAGAGCAGCUAACCCGAGUGAGAGUGAGAGAGAGACGCAGCGCCGCCGACUUUGUCCAUGCGAAGUGGCAUCGUUCAGUAUUUACUAUUCGACUUUAGACAGUAUACUUUAGUGAGUUGUUGCUGGUAGGGGGAUACCUAAGUUUCUUUAUUAAUGGAGGACUGCGUAUGUUUAGAGAGCCCAAAGACUUGGAUUCAACGUUUCAGGAAUGUCAUGUCUACCGCGGCGCGACUUUCCUCCUGUACUCCGAUUCUCCCGCAUGUAUAUCUACACGAGAGUAUACCGAUAUGUGCGCCGCGGCCGGUUGCUUGUUUAUCCAUGAUAGAUUACUUUAACGAGAUGCACGGCGCGUUACGUUGCUUUCCGACUUUGCGGGCAGACUUUCCUAAGAGAUCUUUCGCGUUUCAACGAAGAAGCGCCAAGGACCCUUGACGCCGACAUUCUUAAGCAGCAACUGAGCACCAUUUUUUUCUCCUUUUACUUUCAAUAAGCAUAACUUUAGCUGUUUUUCUCCAUAGUAGACACUUGCACAAAUCUCUCGAAUAGAAAUGAACAAUAUAAGACUUGAGAAUCUGAUUCUGAAGGUUCUAUGGUAAUAAAGACUGCUGGACGUUAGAGAUCUCUUAAUGUACUUAAAACAAUGGAUCAACUUUAUAAACUAUAUAAGAAGGUCACGGGGAAGUUGCACUUCGCGUGGCUUUCGAUCGACUGACGUGGUAAAUUAUGUUUAAUGAUAUACUGUAUAAAUAAGACAGGAGAGGAUAUUCUUUUUUUCUAAUCAUUUAUAGAGUUUACGCGCACCUUGUUAAACGGUAUAACCUGUGAUAUAGAGAGCGGCAGAAAAAAGCAUAUUUGAACGAUUUUUCUCGCGCGAAUGAAACUUUCGUUACAAUUAGACGCAAAUACACUCUACGCGUGCAUACAUGCGUAUGUGUUCGUCGCAUAAUCAAAGGGUCCUUCUCGUCAAGUCUUCGCGUUAAAGAGAUAAUUACAUAAAUACAUUUAUGUAUAUCGUCUGGAACGUAAAGUCUUCGGAGGGAGUCGAUGCAAUCGAAUCUUGCAUAUGUACUUCAAUUGUAAAUACAUCAAGGCAUUCGCGUUGCAUCGAAUCACUAUCUAAUGCGCGAAGCUUACUCAAAGGGCACACAUGAAUGUAAAAGCGCGUAGUGAAGAGAAUCUUUUUUCCACGUAGUACCUUAAAUAUAAUAUUUAAAAUAUAUAUGUAUACGCGCACACAUACACAAUCGGGGUUUCGUGCAAUUUCGCGGUGGUAGAAAAUCUUGUAGGCGCCUUUCGCUUGAGGAACAAAUUACGUAUAUGCUCGUAGUUCUGUAUACUUGAAUCCGCGCGACGGUGAAAGAAGGGCGCAUAAGGUGCUGACGAUUUUUCAAGGAGGAAUUGAAUCUUAUAUAGCAGAUGAAAGAGAUGAGGUGCUUUCUCACUUUUUUAACGCAUUAAGCUCGCGGAAUAUAAAAUUAUUGUACAUAUUAUUCUUAUAGAUAUAUCGUAAUGAUAUCAGAACGAUUUCUGAAAGAAAAACUGUAAGAGAGUUAGAUAAAAGUAUAUGAAGGAAGUGAUAGAAAAAUAUAUCGUCAAAGCGUCAGAACACACACGAAAUACAUAUUUAUAUAAUGGAUAUUUCUUUCACUUUGACGAUUGUUUGUUCUAUACACCGAUCCCAAUGAUCAUCGGUUAAGUUGUUUUCGAUAUGCGUCCAAUUUAGUUUGUAGCCGUUGGAAUUGUAUUCUUUAAUUGUAAAAAUAUCUAUAUACAAAACUAUCUAUGUUGGUGACUGUAAAUAAUGUCUAAUCGAUAUUUCGGCUGCUUUUCAGGCCAACGCGGGUCCAAUUUAGUCUUACAACUAUUAGUACCUUGCAUAUUUUAAUUAAAUCGUGUAGAGUAAACGAUUAAUUGUGUAUAAAUAGCGUGAGAUUUAUUCGUACAUUAAUAUUAUUAUAAUUAUUAUUAUAUAUAACCAUAUAUAUUAUUUUUAUUGAUUAUUAUUUCAUUAUGAAUUAUGGAUUACGAAUCGAUUGCGAAAAAACAUACAAAUCAAUCUGUCCACUGAAAUACUCAUGAGAAAGCAGUAAAUAACGAGAUCUUACAAGACGCGCGAUUUCCAUGUCUCGUCAAUUAUUUAAUUUUACGUCCAGUAUUGUUUUUACCGCAUAAUAAUUACUGUUGUCGUGAUUCACCUGGCCGACUAUUUUAAAUUGCGCUCGAGUCGGUUUAAUAAAAAGAGCAAAGUCCUUUUGAAUGUAUACGCAGCAACACCCGAUGUGCAGGAUGUAUCUUUCUAUUCUCAAAACGAUAAACUCUUUUUACUUAUACCGCUGUAUUCUCAUCGUUGAUAAUAUAAUGGUUAUUGUCUUCUUAUUAUAUAUAUAUAUUACUAUUAAUAUUAUUAAAUAUAUUAUUAUAUAAAUAUUUAUCAUCGUUAAGACCAUCGCAUACGAAUGUUAUCAUAUAGUAUAAUGAAAUGGUAAAUGCAUCUUGCAAUAAUAUGCAAACUGCGCUUUGACGAACGUCUGAACUCAAUGAUUCAACAUCACAAUGACUAUUCUACGCGCUUAUAAAAUUGCUGAUGUAAAAGCUGCGUAACUAGCGUUCUACAAAUAUUAAAAUAAAUAAUUUAACGCACAAAA